AUGGCCUUCCUGAUACACCUGCUGGUCUGCACGUUCGGGAUGGGCUCCUGGGUGGCCAUCAACGGGCUUUGGGUGGAGCUGCCCCUGCUGGUGACGGAGCUACCGGAGGGCUGGUAUCUGCCCUCCUACCUCACAGUGAUCAUCCAGCUGGCCAACAUCGGCCCCCUGCUGGUCACCCUGCUCCAUCACUUCCGCCCUGGCUGCCUCUCCGAGGUGGCCGUUGUCUUCACCGUGCUGGGGGUGGGCACCAUCGCCUGCACCCUCUUCGCCUUCCUCUGGAACGUCACUUCCUGGGUGCUGGGCAGCCGCCACAGCAUCGCCUUCCUAGUCCUCACCUUCUUCCUGGCCCUGGUGGACUGCACCUCCUCUGUCACCUUCCUGCCCUUCAUGAGCAGGCUGCCCACCUACUACCUCACCACCUUCUUUGUGGGCGAGGGACUCAGCGGCCUCCUGCCUGCACUUGUGGCUCUUGCCCAGGGCUCGGGUCUCACCACCUGCGCCAACGUCACGGAGAUAUCGGCCACCACCCUGAGCUCUGAGGCCACCAGGAACCUUACUGGGACAGCACCCUCCGCGAUCCGCCUGGAAAGCCGUUACCUGCCCGCCAACUUCCCGCCCUUGGUCUUCUUCCUCGUGCUCUCCUGCAUGAUGGCCUGCUGCUUUGCCGCCUUCUUUUUCCUCCAGCGUCAACCCAAGCGCUGGGAAGCCUCCAUAGAAGACCUCCUCACCUCUCAGGUCACCCUCUACUCCAUCCGGCCGCAGGAAGGGAAGGACCUGGGUCCCCCAGAGGACAGCGGCAAGGCCCAGGACCCUCUGGAGGAGAAGACGGCCCCCCAGCGCCCGGCCCGCCUGACUUUCAUCUACGUCCUGGUGGCCUUUGUGAACGCGCUCACCAAUGGCGUGCUGCCCUCGGUGCAGACCUACUCCUGCCUGUCCUACGGGCCUGUGGCCUACCACCUGUCGGCCACCCUCAGCUCCAUGGCCAACCCUCUCGCCUGCUUCCUCUCCGUUUUUCUGCCUAACAGGUCUCUGCCGUUCCUGGGAGUCCUCACAGUGCUCGGGACCAGCUUCGGAGCCUACAACAUGGCCAUGGCUGUGAUGAGCCCCUGCCCCCUCAUGCAGGGCCACUGGGGCGGAGAAGUCCUCAUCGUGGUUUCUUGGGUGCUGUUCAUUGGCUGUCUGAGCUACGUCAAGGUGAUGCUGGGUGUGAUCCUACGCGACCACAGCCGCAGCGCCCUCUUGUGGUGCGGGGCGGCGGUGCAGCUGGGCUCGCUCCUGGGAGCGGUUGUCAUGUUCCCGCUGGUCAACGUGUUGAGACUCUUCUCAUCCGCUGACUUCUGCAGCCUGCAGUGCUCCGCCUAA